CCUCAUGUCCAAGAAAACACGAAAAACUUUUAGAGGGGUAUGUGUGUUUUUUGUGGAUUUUCACGGGAGAAUUUUGUGAAAAUUGCCUGGAAAAGAAGAUGCAAAGGAAAUAGCAAUUGUGAAAAAUCAUUUAGCAUGUGGGUGAAAUGUGGAAAAUACCAUCGAGUGUGUGUGUGAGCUCCUACAAGAAUCAUAUGGGAGGGCUCCAUUGGAAUUUCUGUGUUGCCGCAUCAAAAAAGUGUGUGAUGUGCAAUAUUUUGUGAGCUUCUCCUGAAAUCCAAUUUAGUUUUUCCAUCGUCACCCGUGUGUAGCAGUGAGUGUGGACGGUAGAAUAGAACGAAGAAGGUGCACAAUUGGAUUUAGAGUGGACCGGAAUGGGUGGGUGCAUUAGUGUAAACAGAAACACUGAAGGUGAAACAUUUGAUGCUUCUACACCGUCACGUCCAGCCACAGGUCCGGGAAUCGUGCCGACCCGGAAGAAUUUUCCACUGUGCCAUGAGACUAUCCGGUGGAAGAGCGAUGUGCCACUAACGGAAGGUCAAUUGCGGAGUAAGCGCGAUGAAUUCUGGGACACUGCGCCAGCAUUUGAGGGGCGCAAAGAGAUCUGGGAUGCCCUGAGGGCGGCCACUGUUGCCGCUGAGGCGCUUGACUUUCCCAUGGCACAGGCCAUCCUCGAUGGUGCCAAUGUAACUGUGCCCCAUGGCUACCUCACGGAGUGCUACGACGAAUUGGGGACACAGUACAAGGUGCCCAUCUACUGCCUCUCAUAUCCCAUUAACAUUGUCAAGGAGGACAAUGGGAGGGAUUCACCGGCAGAGUAUUCGGAGCCCGUGGACGGUGGGGCAGAGGUUGUGCUCAAGCUGAGGCUCAGCUCUACGUGUACAGAUGUUAAAUUGUCCGUGUAUUCCAAGGACACCAUUGGGCAGUGCAAGAAAAAGCUGCAGAGCCAAGAAGACAUUGACGCGUGCUGCCAACGAUGGUUCUACGGUGGUAAAUUGCUAGGCGACAAGAUGCAAGUGGAGGAGGCCCACAUCCAACCAAGCUAUGUCGUCCAGGUGAUUGUCAAUACGGAACACUAUCGGCAUGGGGCGAAUAGCUAGCCAAAAUCGGUGAUAAAUCUAAUAUUUAUUUCUAUUUUACUACAAGUGGGCAAAUAAUCCUUCAUAAAAAAAAAACUAGAAAUGAUUUCCUCUCUGUGCGACUCAUUAUACCUCCUUUUACUACCACCAUCACUACCACACUUCACACACACCACCCACAUCUUGAAAAAAUCCUUUAACAAAUGAAAAGAAAAAAGAAACCCUUUUAAACGUGCGAGAGUCACAAGAUUUUGAAGGAAGAUUGAAAAAAAAAGACACAAUUUAUGUCCUUUUAAAAGUCCCUUUAAAAAAUGAAAAAGAAUAUCCUCUAACAGACAGAGAGAUGAUCAAAAAAAAAAGAUACUAAAUAGUUGUGUAUAAUCUCUGAAUUUUACUAUUUUUUUCUCUUAUAAAUAGGAAUUAUAUAUUAAUUAUUAAAUGAAAAAAAAAUUGAAGAAAAUAAGUAUUCGUAAUAAAGAAAAAUGAAAAGUA